GCGCGCGCUCGCUCUCUCGCUAGGGUUUUUGUUGAUUCGGGCGCUGCGCCAUUGCGUCGUCAGCUUCCCCUCCCCCCCUUCACUGCGAUGCGGCUCGCUAUGCUUUCCCUGACCCUUGUUCGAUUGUCGUUCCGGCGCGCGCAGGGACGGGCACGAUGACCGGGGCGGAGGCGGGGAUCGCCGUGGUGGAGCGCAGCGGAUCGGGGCUCGCGUGGCGGUGGCUAUGGGGUGCGGGGGUUCCAAGAUCGACGACCUCCAUCUCGUGACGCUGUGCAGGGAGCGGAAGGAGCUGAUCAGGGCGGCGUCGUACCACCGGUACGCCCUCGCGGAGGCCCACGUCUCCUACUUCCACUCGCUGGCCUCCGUCGGCGAGGCGCUGCGGAAGUUCGUGGACGAAGAGGUCGUCAUCGGGACGAGCAAUUCGGGCUCUUCUCCCGGCUCGCCCGUGCUCACAUUGCCUUCGGAAGAGCGGAAACGCGGGAAGCCUUCGGACAGGGCCAAAAUCUCGUCCUCUUCUGCUUCGAUUUCUCACUCGGGUUCGCGUAAUUCGCCGCCCGAGGAAGGCGAUUCUCACCUGCAUUUGUCGUCCGGUUCCGGUUCUGAUUCUGAAGGGAGCACCACUUCCGGGCACAUUCACAUACGCGAGAGCCCCGGGGGAGAAGAGGAAGUCGGCCCUGAUCCUGGCGCUUCCUCUACAAAUCCUUAUGGUUAUAGUUACCCAUACCCAUAUCCGCAGCCCGAUCAGUACCCAUAUCCGCAGCCCGGUCAGUACACGUAUCCGUACCCUGCUCCUUACGGUUAUCCGCCAGGGGAAGGGGACGACUGGAAUAUGAGAGCAGAGCAGAGCGAUUCGCAGACUCGUGUCUAUUACAUGAAAAAGGCGCCCACUCCUAUGAAAUCGGUGGUUUUUGAAGAGCCGGAGAAGUACUCCGUGAGGAGGGAGAAUGCACAAUGGCCGGAUUCCGGGUAUGGGUAUUCGAAGAAUUACCCCGGUUAUGGGAAUGGUGGCUUUUAUGGUUAUCCAUCCAUGGGACCACCGGAUAGUGCUUAUGGCAAUGAUAGAGAGAAGCCGGAGCAGCAGCAGCAGCAGCAGCAGCCACCUCCCGCUCCUCCUCCUUCUCCUCCCGGUGUAUCUCCUUGGGAUUAUUUGAAUGUUUUUGAGACGUAUGAUAGUGGCUAUGCGUCUUAUUAUCCGAAGGGAAAUUAUGGGUAUGGAUCGACCACAAGCAGCCCAGAUUCGAAGGAGGUGAGGGAGAGGGAGGGGAUUCCGGAUUUGGAAGAUGAAACUGAGACUGAGAUGGCGAAGGGCAUUCACAAGGGGAGGAAGAAAUUCGGUGAGGAAACAAAUCGAAAUAGGAAUUUUGGCGAAGGUACUUCAAGAGUAGUGCCGCCACAGAAGAGGGAGGAGAUUUCCAGAGAGAUUCCAUCUCAAAGGGUUGAGGAGAGUAUGAAAGAAAUACCUUCCCCUGAUCACAAAAGCUCGGGAUUCAUCCCGAAAAACAAGGCUAAGACUAGUAGUUCUGAUACUAUUGUGUCCCAAAGCUCUCCGGAGGAUUAUUCCAGGAAGAAGGGAGUCAGUUUUGAAGUGGAGGAGACCGCCACACCGGAUGUCGAUUCUUCCAAGCAGAGUAGCUUAACCACUUUGUCAGCCCAUGGUACGAGGGACCUUCAGGAUGUUGUAAGAGAUAUCAAGGAAGAAUUUGAGUCUGCCUCUGGCUACGGCAAGGAGGUGGCUGCAUUGCUUCAGGUGGGAAGGUUGCCAUAUGAGUCUAAAGGAACCCUACUCAAAGCGAUCUUUUCGAGAAUUAUGUAUCUGGUGGCACCUUCCAUGCUAUCUUCACACUCUCCAUCGAAGAUAUCGGCACGAGUAAGUUCAAGGAGAAUGAAAAUGGCACGAGCAUAUGUUGGGGAUGCUGCCAAGGACUUCAACUUGGACUCAGGGACCAUUUCAUCAACGCUUGAUAAACUUUAUGCAUGGGAGAAGAAGCUAUAUAAAGAAGUUAAGGAUGAAGAAAAGCUACGGGUUGCUUAUCAAGAGAAGUGCAAGAAACUAAAAAUUCUUGAUGAUCGUGGAGCUGAAUCUAGUAAGAUAGAUGCUACUCAGGCUUCAAUAAGAAAGUUGCAUACCAAAAUUGAUGUUUGCAUCAGAACAGUGGAUGCAAUAUCAAGCAGGAUACACAAAUUGAGGGAUGAAGAGUUGCAGCCCCAAUUGACUGAAUUGAUUCGUGGAUUAAUUGGGAUGUGGAGGUCCAUGCUGAAAUGCCACCAAAAACAGUUCCAAGCCAUAAUGGAAAGCAAAGUUCGUGUUCUCAAGGUGAACACCGGUUCCCGAGGAGAGUCCAGUUUGAGAGCCACCGUGGAACUUGAGAUAGAGCUUCUAAAUUGGUGCAGCUGCUUUAACCAGUGGGUAAAUGCUCAGAAAUCAUACGUCGAAUCUUUGAAUGGGUGGCUUCUGAGGUGCAUUGACAGUAAACCUGAAGAAACUGCAGAUGGAGUUGCCCCUUUUUCGCCGAGCAGAAUGGGGGCUCCGGCGAUUUUUGUUAUUUGCAAUGAUUGGUCCCAAUCAAUGGAAAGAACUUCACAAAAGAGGGUAAACCAUGCGAUGUGUGAUUUUGCUUCAAGAAUCCACGAGUUAUGGGAAAGACAGGAUGAGGAACAACGCCAAAGGACCAGAGCAGAACGAAUUUCUAAGGAUUUUGAGAAGCAGCUAAGAACCUUACGCAUGGAAAGAGGAAAGCUAGAGCACGAUCAGGAUACAUUCUCUGAAAAAACUGCAGUGUCGAAGUUUCCAUCUGAAAGUGGUGUUUCGCAUUUGGAUGAUCUAAAGGUUGACUUGGAUUCAAUGAGAAAGAAGUUGGAGGAAGAGAGAGCUAGGCAUAAAGCGACGAUGAACUCAGUUAAUGAUGCAGCUUCGAAUAGUCUGCAAGCAGGUCUGGUUCCAAUUUUUGAAACUUUGGGGCAUUUCACUUCAGAGGUUUUGAAAGGCUAUGAACAGGUCAGGCUUUCAAAGCUUGUUUAAGAGUUCAUGUUUCACUCGGCAAUAUUUUCCUCGGGAACAAGAAAUCCUGCCUGCUAUAUGUACAGUAAUCACCGUGCGGCUGCCUUGACCAUGAUUAUGCGACCGGAGGGGAGACGGGUUAAGAUUAGUUAAGGUAAAAGAGGAUAGGCAGCAUAUAAGUGAUAUACAGUCGCUAGCGACAGUGUCUAGAAGAAAUCUUGUGUUAGAUAUUGAUCUCUCUAGCUCCCGAUUCUCCUAGACUGUCUUAUUAGUCUAUUAGUUAGGUAGCAGAGGAACUCUGUACAGUAAUUCAUUCUUUUGUUGAUUCAUUGUUGGUGCGGUGGAUGUAUUUUGUAGUCUAGGAAUGAACUUCCAGCAUAUGGAUGGGAAUUCGUUGCUGGACAUGGGUGUGGAUAUGCUCAAUUUUGACCAAUGUAUUUCAUCCUUGUCAAAACAUUCGCCGCACGACUACCCAAUUGUCUCUCUGACUCA